CCUAGUAGCGGAGCAGAGGAGAGGGACAGAGACAGGCUGCAGAAAGAGACACCAUGGAGCUGUGUUUUUAAUAACAAAGUGGACUUUUAUCUCUCUCUGGGCGCCAUGACUUCAUCACACUUUGGGACUUAUUCACAUUGAGAGGAAACCGUUAGGAGUUUUAUUUUUCCUCCUUUGUGACAUUCAUAUGAAAACGGGACUGAGUGACUGAGUGACCGACCGACCGACCGGGAGCUGCUGCCACUCACAGCCGCCUCUCCCCUCAUCACCUGCGGCUUGCUUCUGCUCGGACUACCCGCUGGUUUAGACGCAGUUUUUAAAAAAGUUACUAUGUUUAAUGGUUGAACUUGUGGUGUGAUUCUCCAGCGGCUGAGAUGCUGCUGCCUGUGGAGUUUGAUGCUGUUUUCAUCCCAUAAGCUGGAAAAAAUCAUCUGCACGUUUAUUUGGAUAUAUCAGUGCUGCUGGACAGCCUGUUUCACAAACUGAUUUUUUUUUUUUUUUUUUUGCGGAAGACUGUGACCAACCUUAUCUACCUAUGAAACAUCUGAGUGUAUAAUGGAGUACCGCCAGACUUUGGUUCCCCUACUGGUUUUAUUUGCACUCAGAACUUUGGCAUAUGGAUCCCGACCCCGGUUAGAGGACGCUCCUCCCCGGAUCAUAGAGCACCCGUCUGAUCUGAUCGUGUCUAAGGGCGAGCCGGCCACCCUGAACUGUAAGGCGGAGGGCCGGCCGACCCCGAUGGUGGAAUGGUACAAAGACGGAGAACGGGUGGAGACGGACCGAGAGGACCCCCGCUCCCACCGGAUGCUCCUGCCCAGCGGCUCCCUCUUCUUCCUCAGAAUCGUCCACGGGAGGAGAAGCAAACCUGACGAAGGCGUCUACGUCUGCGUGGCGCGCAACUACCUGGGGGAAGCGGUCAGCCGCAACGCUUCGCUGGAGGUGGCAAUUCUGAGAGAUGACUUCCGUCAAACGCCCAGCGAUGUGGUGGUAGCAGCAGGUGAGCCAGCUGUCAUGGAGUGCAUCCCCCCCAGAGGCCAUCCUGAGCCCACCAUCUCCUGGAAGAGAAACAACAUCCGGGUCAACGACAAAGACGAGAGAAUCACUAUGCGAGGAGGCAAACUGAUGAUUUCCAACACCAGGAAAAGUGAUGCUGGCAUGUAUGUGUGUGUUGGAACCAACAUGGUUGGAGAGAAAGACAGUGAUCCUGCUGAACUGGUGGUGUUUGAGCGGCCGGUGUUCAUCAAACAGCCGGUGAACCAGGUGGUGUUGGCAGACGAUACGGUGGACUUCUUCUGCGAGGUGCACGGAGACCCGACUCCCACUGUCCGCUGGCGGAGAGAGGAGGGAGAGCUGCCGCGGGGCAGGUUUGAGAUCCGCAGCGACAACAGUCUGCGUCUGACCCAGGUGCAGGGCGACGACGAGGGCACCUACACCUGCGUGUCUGAGAACAGCGUGGGGAAAGCCGAGGCGUCGGGGACCCUGCAGGUCCACGUGCCACCUCAGAUCGUGGUCCGGCCCCGGGACCAGAUCACAGGACCGGGUCGCACCGUAACCUUCCUCUGCGGCACCAAAGGAAACCCUCCGCCGGCCGUGUUUUGGCAAAAAGAAGGCAGCCAGAUCUUGCUGUUUCCCAUCCAGGAGCCGUCCCAGGCGGGUCGUUUCUCCGUGUCUCUGAGUGGCGAGCUCACCAUCACAGACGUCCAAGUGGAAGACUCGGGUUAUUACAUCUGCCAGGCCAUCAGCGUGGCCGGCAGCAUCCUGACCAAAGCCCUGCUAGAGGUGGAAAGUGCUCCUUCAGACCGGGUCCCGCCCAUCAUCCGCCAGGGACCCGCCAAUCACACGUUAGCUCCCGGUUCCAUCGCCCAGUUGCAUUGCCACAUCAUGGGCAACCCCAUCCCCAGCAUCCAGUGGGAGAAAGACGGCCAGAGGAUCUUGGGAAAUGACGGUCGAAUCAGCUUGAUGGAAAAUGGAACCUUUCAAAUCACCAACCUGCAGGAAACGGACUCUGGGGUUUACACCUGCCUGGCUUCCAGCUCCAGCGGAGAGACGAGUUGGAGUGGAGUGCUCACAGUCAAAGAGAGUGCCGACUCGGCAGCAGCUCAGGCCACGGAGCCCUUCCAGUUGCCAGGUCCGCCGCACAAACCCAUCGUUACGGACGUGUCCAAGAACAGCGUCUCUCUGACCUGGCAACCCAACGCCCACGAGGGAGGAGCCGCCGUCACCUCCUACAUCAUCGAGGCCUUCAGCCAAUCAGCAGGAAGCACGUGGCAGACUGUAGCCGACAUGGUGAAGAUGGAGACACACACCAUCACGGGGCUCCUCCCCAACACCAUCUACCUGUUCAUCGUGCGGGCGGUGAACGCCUGCCUCAGCGACCCCAGCCCCAUCUCUGAGCCCGUCAGGACGCAAGAUGUGAGUCCCACGGGGCAGGGCGUGGACCACCGCCAGGUGCAGAGGGAGCUGGGGGAGGUGGCGGUGCAGCUGCAGGAGCCGCUAACGCUAACAACAACCUCCAUCAGAGUCUCCUGGAACGUGGACCGUCAGUCUCAGUUCGUGCAGGGCUACCGUCUCUUCUACCGGCCCAGCGGGGGAACCUGGCUGCUCCAGGACAUCAACUCUCCGUCUGAACGCAGCACCGUCCUCACCAGCCUGCUCAAAGGGACCGAGUACGAGAUCAAGAUCCGUCCUUAUUUCGACGAGUUCCAGGGGAAGGACAGCCGAACGCUGCUGGUCCGAACCCCAGAAGAAGUCCCCAGCGCCCCGCCCAGAGCUGUGACCGUGGUAACAGUGAAGCUCAGCAACAGCUCCAGCAUCAGCGUCUCCUGGGAGCCUCCACCCAGCGACACGCACAACGGCAUCAUCCAGGAGUACCGGGUGUGGUGUGUGGGCAGCGGAGGAGACAACCAGACGCGCUACUACAUCAACAGGACGGUGGACGGGAACACGUUGUCCACGGCGCUGAAGGGCCUGAUGCCCGGCGUUCUCUACCAGGUGGAGGUGGCGGCGGUGACCAGCGCCGGCAUCGGCACCCGCAGCCAGCCGCUCUCCGUCCUCAUCAAGAUGCCAGCUGAACAGCCCUCAGUGCCAGGCGGCGGCGCCGGUGGUGGCGGUGGCGGAGGCGGCGGCGGCCCGAGCGACAGCGGCGAGGAGAGCAGCGUGAGUCUGGCGGAGCAGAUCACCGACGUGGUCAAGCAGCCGGCGUUCAUCGCCGGCAUCGGAGGAGCCUGCUGGGUGAUCCUGAUGGGCUUCAGCGUCUGGAUCUACUGCCGCCGCAAGAAGAGGAAGGAGCUCAGCCACUACACCGCCUCCUUCGCCUACACACCAGCAGUGGGUUUCCCUCAUGGAGAGGCAGCAGGGCUCAAUGGAAGGCCUGGUGUUCUGGGAGCCAACAUGGGCAACUACCCGUGGCUGGCCGACUCUUGGCCCACCACCAACCUGGUGCACAGCGGCAAAGAGCCAGUCAACUGCUGCACCAGCAACCACGACACAGCUGAGAGAUACUACAACGAAGCCGGUAUCUCCAACUACCUGAACCAGACGGAGAAGUACAGCAUGGGCGGCUCCACCGAGGGGCCCAUCUACAGCACCAUCGACGCCACCAACGAGGACCUGCACAGCUUCACCUACGCCCAGCACGCCUCCACCACGCCCUACGCCUCCACCUCCAUCAUGCCCUUCACCAACCAGACGCAGCCGCCGGCCCUCAGCGCCGAGCAGCCCGACGACGGACACUGGAUCACACAGCCGGGGCCCUCGGGGGCCCAGUACGCCCAGCCAGACCGCUGCAAUGGUAAGCCCAAGCAGAAGGCGAUGGGUAAAGCUGUGAAGACCCCGUCUCUGACCUGGAUGGAGGCGCUGCCCCCCCCUCCACCAAUCGGAGAGCUGGAACAGUGUGAGCCUGACGUCCAGCCCCCAGAGCACGAGGACAUGGACAUAGGCUCCGAUGAGGAGUGGUGCCCCCCCCUCACAGAGAGGACGACCUACCUGAUGGAGGGUUGUGAGGACGGACCCUGCCCCCCCCAGAGGAACAACGCCUCCUCCCCCGCCACCUCCUACAGCCACCAGUCCACCGCCACGCUCACCCCGUCGCCCCACGAGGAGACCAGAGCGCCUCACGACCUCCCCCGCCUCAACCAGCUGGACGGCCAGCAGCUGGCACGCAGACGGUUACCCUGCGGUCCGGUGCCAGUCCCCCAGGCGCCCAGCCCGCUGCUCACCCAGUCCAACCCCAACCUCUCCGGCCAACAGCAUCACGCCUCAUCAGAGGCUGGCACGCUGCAGUGCCAGAGUCCGGCCCACCGCUGCCUCCACGGCCAGGGGCCCGCGCUCAAUGAAGACACCGUCAGCGUGAACACACCCGUUCACAGUCGCUCGUCCCCGGCAGAUGCGUGCACUCCUCCCAACCAAAAAUCACGAGUGAAAAAAAAGGUGUCUAAGAGUUCAGCAUACAGAAGAGACGUACAAGGAGACCUGCCCCCCCCUCCGGAGCCGCCUCCAGGGGACGCCAGGUUGCAGGGCCCCCAGGGCUGCAUGGAGCCAAGCAAUGUGGCGAACGGCGCCCCGUCCUCCCUGGAGAGGAGCGAAUACAGCAGCAGCAGCCACCAGCGGAAAGGCUCGGGACAAAGACACGCUGAGAAUGAGGAGCUGAUGGCGUACAGCAGUAAGGCCUCCUACCUCUCCAGGAGUCAGAUGUCCAGUAACUGCUCCACCACAGGAAGCUCCUCCUCCAGAGGCUCCACGGGCUCCCGGGGCCUCAACUCGGCCAGGAAACACAACGAGGAAAUGAGAUAAGGACACCAGUGUGAGAACCUUGAAUGCCUCCAUCCUCCUCCAUCCUCCACUGUGGACACGCUGAGCUGGACAAGAGCAAAAAGUUUUGUGUUUCAGGAUACUGGACUCUGUGUCAUAUCUGUGAAAGAAAGCAACAACGGACUUUACAUCCUGUUUUUUGGUAUUACUUCAUUAUUUAAGAGCAAUCGAGUUCAUUCCUCUCCCUUGAUUUGUAAAUACCUGUGUCUGUACUGUUCUUUUGUGGGCUCUGGAUACAGGGAAAGAGACGUAUAUUGUAUUUAUGAGGAUAAAAAAAGAAAAAAAAACAAUGUUCAAAAAAAAAAAAAAGUCUGUUAUUAUGAAAAAAAAACAAGCUCAUGUCUUCUUGAAUGUGCCAACCUUUUUUGUCAAAAUGUAUACUUUUUGGAAAAGCAUUAACUACUGUUGCACUCUCUUGUUGUCAUGGCAAAACAACAGAAAAUAAUGAAGCACAAAGUGUGUUUGCUGGUCGAGAGGGGCGGUUGGAAAAGCCAAAACGAGCGGGUUCUCGCUCUCGCUCCCUGAGGGACGCCUCGGCCCCUGGGGACCCCUGCACCCAUCUAGUCCGCUAAGAAUGUCAUACUUUUCUAUGUUUCCUUCGGUUUCUCUGCAGCAAAACGUUCCCGUGUGCCAGCAGACAGACAAGCUUUAUAAAAGUUUGAUUGUAACCCUCGCGCCCCCGGCCUCCCCCUGUUUGUCUGAGGGACUUGUUUGCUGCAGUUGUGAGAUAAAAAUUUGCAUAAUACUCCUUCCAAAACAAACAAAAAAAUGUCUGUGGGCUGAAUUUUUUGUACUCUUGUUGUUUUGUAAAUGUACAAUAAAAUACAUUUGCUGAUCGAA